CCCGCAGCCUCGCGCCCCGGGCGAGCCUGGUCCCGGCGCCGGCACCGGCACCCCCCGCGUCCCCCGGCCAUGGAAGGAGGCGGCAAGCCCAACUCGUCGUCCAGCGGCCGGGACGAUGGCAACAGCGUCUUCCCCUCCAAGCCGCCCGCGACGGGCGCGGGGUCGGCUGGGGCCGAGAAGGGGCCGGGCAGCCCACCGGGGGGCGGCGGGACGGGCGCCAAGGAGCUGGGCAACUCCGUGUGCUUCAAGGUGGACGGCGGCGGCGAGGAGCCGGCCGGGGGCCUGGAGGACGCCGAGGGGCCCCGGCGGCAGUACGGCUUCAUGCAGAGGCAGUUCACCUCCAUGCUGCAGCCCGGCGUCAACAAAUUCUCCCUCCGCAUGUUUGGGAGCCAGAAGGCGGUGGAGAAGGAGCAGGAAAGGGUUAAAACUGCAGGCUUCUGGAUUAUCCACCCCUACAGCGAUUUCAGGUUUUAUUGGGAUCUAAUUAUGCUUAUAAUGAUGGUUGGAAAUCUGGUCAUCAUACCCGUGGGCAUCACCUUCUUCACAGAACAAACGACCACGCCCUGGAUUAUCUUCAACGUGGCGUCAGACACCGUGUUCCUCUUGGACCUGAUCAUGAACUUUAGGACGGGGACUGUCAAUGAGGACAGCUCUGAAAUCAUCCUGGACCCUAAAGUGAUCAAGAUGAAUUAUUUGAAAAGCUGGUUUGUGGUCGACUUCAUCUCAUCCAUCCCAGUGGAUUAUAUCUUUCUCAUCGUAGAAAAAGGGAUGGAUUCCGAAGUUUACAAGACGGCCAGGGCACUUCGCAUUGUGAGGUUUACAAAAAUUCUCAGUCUCUUGCGUUUAUUACGACUUUCAAGACUGAUAAGAUACAUACAUCAGUGGGAAGAGAUUUUCCACAUGACCUACGACCUGGCCAGCGCCGUGGUGCGGAUCUUCAACCUCAUCGGCAUGAUGCUGCUGCUGUGCCACUGGGACGGCUGCCUGCAGUUCCUGGUGCCGCUGCUGCAGGACUUCCCGCCCGACUGCUGGGUGUCGCUCAACGAGAUGGUGAACGACUCCUGGGGAAAGCAGUACUCCUACGCACUCUUCAAAGCCAUGAGUCACAUGCUGUGCAUCGGGUAUGGAGCCCAGGCUCCGGUGAGCAUGUCCGACCUCUGGAUCACCAUGCUAAGUAUGAUCGUCGGGGCCACCUGCUACGCCAUGUUCGUGGGCCACGCUACAGCUCUCAUCCAGUCUUUGGAUUCCUCCAGGCGGCAGUAUCAAGAGAAGUACAAGCAAGUGGAACAAUACAUGUCAUUCCAUAAGUUGCCAGCGGACAUGCGUCAGAAGAUUCAUGAUUACUAUGAACACAGAUACCAAGGCAAAAUCUUUGAUGAGGAAAAUAUCCUCAGUGAACUCAACGACCCUCUGAGAGAGGAGAUCGUCAAUUUCAACUGUCGGAAACUGGUGGCCACUAUGCCCCUGUUUGCUAACGCCGAUCCCAAUUUUGUGACUGCCAUGCUGAGCAAGCUGAGAUUCGAGGUGUUUCAGCCUGGAGACUAUAUCAUACGAGAAGGAGCUGUGGGUAAAAAAAUGUACUUCAUUCAGCACGGCGUCGCCGGGGUCAUCACGAAAUCCAGCAAGGAGAUGAAGCUGACAGACGGCUCCUACUUUGGAGAGAUCUGCCUGCUGACCAAGGGACGUCGCACCGCUAGUGUCCGAGCUGACACGUACUGUCGUCUGUAUUCCCUUUCCGUGGACAAUUUCAACGAGGUCCUGGAAGAGUACCCCAUGAUGAGACGAGCCUUUGAGACGGUGGCCAUUGACCGACUAGAUCGGAUAGGAAAGAAAAAUUCAAUUCUUCUGCAAAAGUUCCAGAAGGAUCUUAACACUGGUGUUUUCAACAACCAGGAGAACGAGAUCCUGAAGCAGAUCGUGAAACACGACCGGGAGAUGGUGCAGGCCAUCGCUCCCAUCAGCUACCCGCAGAUGACAGCCCUGAACUCCGCCUCCGCGGCGGCCACGCCCACCUCACGCGCCCGGACGCAGUCGCCGCCCGUGUACUCGGCGGGCAGCCUGCCGCACAGCAGCCUGCACUCGCCCAGCCCCAGCACGCAGACCCCGCCGCCGGCCGCGGUCCUCUCGCCCUGCUCCUACACCACCGCGGUCUGCAGCCCGCCGGUGCAGAGCCCGCUGGCCGCUCGGACUUUCCACUAUGCCUCCCCGACCGCGUCCCAGGUGUCCCUGGUGCAUCAGCAGCAGCAGCAGCAGCAGCAGCAGCUCCCGCAGCCCCAGCCCCCGCAGCCCCGUCCUCAGUCCCCGCAGCCUCAGACGCCCAGCAGCUCCACGCCUAAGGCCGACGUGCACAAGAGCACGCAGGCCCUGCACAACACCAGCCUGAGCCGGGAGGUCAGGCCCCUCUCCGCCUCGCAGCCCUCGCUGCCCCACGAGCUGUCCAGCCUCAUUUCCAGACCUCAACCCACGGUGGGCGAGUCCCUAGCCUCCAUCCCUCAGCCCGUGACGGCUGUCCACGGCGCGGGCCUGCAGGCAGCCGGCAGGGGCACUGUGCCCCAGAGAGUCACCCUGUUCCGACAGAUGUCAUCGGGAGCCAUUCCUCCCAACCGGGGAGUCCCUCCUGCCCCCCCUCCACCAGCGGCCCCUCUUCAGAGAGAGUCCUCAGUCUUACACACAGACGCAGACGCGGAAAAGCCACGAUUUGCUUCGAAUUUAUGAUCCCUGCUGAUCCUCGAAGCAGACUCUAAUAAACUGAACGUGGUCUGAGAUCUUAUUUUAUUCUAUCUCCUAAUACAUCCCUAUAGCCUACUAUGAAGAGAUAUUUUAGACAGCUCUGGCCUACAUGCAAAAUGUAAAAAAUAUAUAUAUGUAUACAUAUACUAUUAAAUAUAUAUCUAAAAUCCCAAGAGAAGUUCAAAAGACUUGUUUAGCAUUCAGUGUUACAUGUCUUCCUUACUUUAAAUCAUUAAAAGGUUUUAAAAGUUGUAAGAUUAUUUAUUUUUGAUCUACCUUUACUUAAUUCCUUUGAUAUAUGUAUUUUCUCGUUUUUACGAGGAGUUCUUGGAUUCAACGCAAACAAAACUCUGAUUUUAAAAAGGCAACUCAAGUGAGCACCAAUCAAAACUUCUUUCUUCCACUAGCUGUGUCUCUGCGUCCAAAUUGUUAAUCGUUAAUUCUGGAGGAUGAAAUAGUGCCCCCUUUUCUAGAUCUAAAUUCUAUUUUGGUGCUUUCAAUUUUGAAUUAGGUUCAAAAACAAUUAUAUAUGCUUGGCCACAGUAGGAGACUAGCAUUACCACCGUUACAAAUAUCUCUAACCUCAAACAUUUUCAUUGAUCUUUCAGAAAGCUAGGACAUACGUCUCUUUAUGUGUUAUUGGACUUUUACCAAGACUCAGUCAAUGUUAAUUGUAAAUAACUUUUUCCACCCUGAUAACAAUAGCUACUCUGUGCUGUGUGAAGGUCAAAGUCAUUGUCUAAGAAUUUAGUUUUAUUGCUUCACUUCAAAACUUAGAGUUUUAAAUUUUACAAAACCUAAUUGUGACGAUUAUUCAAAUGUAAUGCAAUGGCUUGAAACCUACAAUGUUAUUUUAACCUGCAAUGUUUUAUGCAAAAUUGUAUGCUCGAUUCUACAAAUUGCUUGUAUUACACCAAAAACCAUUACUUUUCUUCCUUCUUUCCAUAAUCAAGCAUCUGAAAAUAGUCCCUGCAUGCUUUUGGGAGAAAAAAAAUAGGUUCAAAGCAGUCAUUGUAGGGAAAGGCUUAUAGCAUUUCUCGUUUCUAGAAAAGUAUAACAAUUUCAUUAAUUGCCUAUCUUAAAAUCCCUAUAAGGCUGACUUGGAUCUCUGACUUAAGUCUAGAAGUGAGGUUUUCACUUUCAUUUAAUAUUAUUACUAUUAUUGUUAUUAUUGUUUAAAUAAUGAUUUGUAAACCACAGCUUGAUUUGGAGUUGCCAGUGUGUUCUGUCUUCACUGUAGUUGGAAGUUUACCAUGGUGUUGAUUUAAAGAAAUAAACACAGCAUCUUGUCUGUUUGAGAACACACAUUUUGCUCUGUGUAUAUUGUAACUGAGUGGUUAGGACAUCGUAAGGCCUGUGGUGAUAAUGUAGCCCUGAGACAGGGUUUGGCACUUUAAAUGGGCUGAGAAAAGCAUAGCAGUGGUGAAGGAAAGCAAGGUCGAACUGAAUGUGAUCACUGUUUGUGUGUUUAUUUGUCUGUUUCCUUAACUCUUUCCAUGAUCUGGGAGCUUCUUCUUCUUCUGAAAGGAGUCCCUUAGUAAUGAUCUGUGCCUGAUGCAUCCCACGAAUGUGGGGGGUGACUGGAACACAAUUGGAAGAUUCCUAAUAACCGACUUCUGUAAAUAACCCAAGUUGGGAGAAGGACCUGAAGUGGAGGUUUCGGUCUUUCUGGCACUGGCGAUAGACUUACGAAGAACUUAAACAAGAUCGCUCAUGGCGUGGGGAGGGCCUCCCAGAUAGACUUGAGGACAGAACCCCAAAGCAAAAGCAAAAACUCUAAAGUGGAUCCAUGCUGCCUGUUAUGCCUUUUAUGGGGAAAAUAUCACCUAUAAUACCAAAAUGAGUUGUUAUGUUUAAUUUCUACCAGAUCCCAGCUUGAGUGGAUCAGCAGAGCUAGUCCGUGUGAUGUCUUGGUGAUCGUGUGGUAACACAGGAGGGCGUGUCAGGGAUGAUGGGGUAAGCAGGAGCUUGUUCAGUCUGCCUAGAACCUAUGGGAAAACUGUAAGACCAUUUACAUAUCAGUACAAAAUCCUUUAUUUUAUUAAGAGAUUGAGAUUUAACUUCAAUUUAUUAUGAUCAUGUAUUGAUCCUUUAAAUUAUUAAAGGUUUACAUUUGAUAGGACUAAUGGGUUGGGUAGUGAAAUAUUUUUAUAUGAUAUAUAAAUUUUUGGUUUUUUAUUUCAAGGACUAUUGAGAAACAUAAGCAGAAUUGAAUUGAAUUGCAUGGUCUUUCAGUCCAACCAUAAAAUUUGUAUUCCUUUUGUAAUAGAAUGGUCAAAAAGCUAUGGUUUAUAUGUUAAACUCAUGAAGUGGUACAGGGUAAAUCAUAUACAUAUAUAUGUAUAAUAUAUUCUUAGGUUAAGAAAAAAUUGACUCACAUUCCUGUAAUAUGAAAGUCAAUUGCUAGUUGAAAAGUGACCUUUUUUCUCUGUACAUAGCUAAACUCAUGGGUAUGGAGUUUUAAUCUGUACAGAAAGAAAUGUAUUAUUGAAGAGAUUGGUCCUUCUGCUGCUGGGAAAAUAGUAGACUAGCUUCUUACAACAAUUGUAUGAUCAGGGAUGAGUUAGAGAAUUUCUUUUGUCUUUGCUCAAAGCCAUACAUAUAUAAAUAUAUAAAGAUUAUUAAUAAAUUCAACAAAAUUAAACUAAAAUCAUGAAUAUUUUAUUUUAUUAAUAUAAUCAGUACAGAUUUGACUCUGUCUUUCUAUCUGAACAUCAUGAAGUUUCCAGGAUGGCUCAUACUUGAUAAUCAUAAAAUUAACUAUAGAUAUUCCAUAUGUAACUGUGGAAAGACAGGAAUUCAAAUAGAACAUGAGUUUCCCAAUUAGUCCUGUGUUUUGUUCUAUAUAGUACAAGUUGAGGUUUUUAAAAUUCUAUUUCCUGUAAUUCCUUAGCAUAUGGUUGUCCAAUCUCAGACAUUUCUGUGGUAUCAUUGAAUACAAGGAUGGGAAACAAUUGCAUGGCACAUGCAUGAACCGAAAUCUGCUCGACCACCCAGUUCAGAACAGCCUGUAGGGCCUGCAGCGGGCUGAACUGAGUAUUCUCAACCAUGGUUUAUCUCUACUUCGUAACAGCAAAUCUCAUUUGGGAGUUCACUAAAACUCAUUGGAAGCCCUGUUUUCUUAAUUCAUAAUCUAGUUUGUCAUCACUGUUUGCAAUCAAACAAAAUGUGGGUCUUUCUUUUUACAUGUGGCUCAUGAUUAUCUCUGAAGGUCUCCUGGACGUGUUCAUGAGCCUUUAGACAUGUACAGCUUCCCAACUCAAACUCUUAACAUGCUAAAGUUCUGUAAUACUUACCUAGGAAGAUCUAAUAACUGUAAAGCUUUUCAUAACCUGUUUUUAUUAACACUUAUGAUUUGGGGUUCUUUCGCAUAGUUCUUUUCAAGUGGAUGAUUAUUUACUUGACAUCACCUUCUGUCUUUCUGUCUGUGAAGAAAUGCUAUUUUUGGCCAGUCUAAAGUAAUUCCUGCCCGUACCUCAGCAAAACAUACUUCUCAAGGCACAUGCUUCUUUGAUGGAAGAAAAAGGCAAGGUUUCUUGCAAGAAGAGUUGUGACAUUUCUAACCAUGUUACAGCCUCCCCAAAUUAGGAAGCAUCCCCAGACUUAUGUUACACAAAGAAACCAGGAACUUGGAAAUUUUGAAAAGUGGUUUUAUUUUCUUAUUUUAUAUCGGAGAGCCAGAAAAAUUAGGGAGAUUAGCCACCAGACAAAACAAAGUCAUGUCACAUCUCAGUUCUUAAACACUUCUAAUCUUAUCUUUAUACAUCAACACAACUCAACACUUCUACCUCCUCACUGCACCAGGAACUGUUGUGGCGUCCACAGGAGCCAUGGACCCUGGAAUUCAUAAGAAAGGUAACUUUGCUGACAACGCCUGUUGGAAAACAAUUCAGGAACAGUGCAUGUAAAAAGGGAACGUGACAGUGGAGGAGAGCAAAUGGGUCUCUGAAAGGGCUUCCAUAUUCAUUUAGACAGUGAAGAGCAUCACAGUGCUAGUUCUGAUGAACAAAGGGGACUCUGACACAGAAGAGUUUAUGAAGAUUCACCUUUAGAAAAUGUGACCUAGAAUUCGCUUUAUUAUGGAGGGGCUGGUUUUUUUGUCAUCGCUUAGUAUCCCAUGCUCCUUACUUUCCUUCUGACAUGUUCAUAGAUCCAUCAGUCUCUAAAGAUGUUUCUUAUGGACCUUUUUUAACAAUGUACUUAAUAAUCUCCUUGUUUGCUGUGACGAAUCCUCUCAGAUGAUCCUGUAAUUUUGCUUAUAGUGGAGCUAAGAAUGUGUGCCUGAAGCAAAGACAUGCAUUCCAAAUGAAACCACAAAUUUUUCAUUAGUAGCGAAUUAAAAAAUGAGGUGGAAUUGGUUUAUAAUGUCAAUGGAAAUGGAAAGAUAAAGGAGGAAGCUGUAGGUUAUAAACAUUCAUUUUCAACAUACUAGAAUUAUAGGGAAUGUUGGGAAGGAGGAAAGUUUUUGAAAAGCAUCAAGACAUUUUUAGAGCUAAUCUUCCCUUUCUGACCUACACGAUAUUAACAAUAGCACCAGUGUAAAUCCUGGGCACUUCACUUAAAAAAAAAGUGACUAUUUCGGAAAGGGGAAAAUAUAGAUUCAACUAAGAUUGUGAAAAGGCUGGAAAAUAUGGCCUAUUCAGAAAUAAGGAACAACCAGAGUCAGCUAGUCAAAGUAGAGUGAAGCAAACCUACCCACAGACAAAGAAGGCUCUGCAGGAGGGGAAUCUGAGGGUGUUCAGGGCAGGCACAGAGCCAGGGGGCUUUUGCAGCUCCCAAAGCUCUCUGUACAUGGGGCUGUCAUUGUCCUUGUUUUCCAGAACCUAAAAAACGUCCAAACUCAACUACGACCAUGUACACUCAUGCCAUCAAAGAUAUGUAUCUUCUCAUGUACUUGCAGUAGCAGAAUUCUUUAUGUAAAGAGUUUCCGCCAGCAGGUACCAAUCCCUCUGGAUUGUGAGUUUGUAUGGAGAAAAUAAAAAUUAAAAAAAUUUCUGAUA